CUUUUUGUGUCCCAAACAAUCUCCUCAAGUCAUAAUCCUGCGUUUAUAGCAUCCAUUGUUCACAAUGCGCAUACUCCCGCUCCUCUUCCUAGCCAUCUCUCCGGCUCUCAGUAAGCUGGUUGUGGAUUAUCAAGCUGCACGAGGCGAUGAUCCCAGCGUGAUGGGCUAUCUUAACCUGGAGGCCAAGCGCGGAAAGAGGGUGCUUGAACACCGACCGGACUUGUACAUCAAGAAAGGAAAGGAUCCCAAGGGUGUCGCCUGCGCCCACUUCCAUCGCAAAAAGGGGAAUAUCCGAGCCGAAUACCAUGCGCUCAAUAAAGUAACGAAGAAAAACAAGACAUAUACCAUUCGAUACGAAUUCUCGCUAGGACAAGUGCAGCAGAGUCUCAUGGUUUGGCAGAUGAAGGAAUAUUUGACAAAUAACCCAACGGACGGCGGCGCGAACGUCCCGCUCGCCUUGAAGAUCUCCAAAGAUAAACUCCAGCUUCAAUACCAACCCGCGUGGGGCGUCCCGCGCGAGGUUCUCUGGGAGACCACUGCCAAAACCAACACAAAAUACCGCGCCGAUAUCGUCAUGCGCACCGGGUCUCCUGGCUGGGUUCAGUUCUCCUGGAACGGCAAGGCUCAGAAGCUCGGCAAGAGCCAGAAGACCAAGUACCCAGCGAUCACCUUCCCUGGACGUUCUGACCCGAAGUUCGGAGCGUACGGGGGUGCUGAGAUCGAUAUUGACACUUAUGUGUAUCGGGCGCAGAUUGAUGAGAAGUAACAAGCUAGGCCAUUGCGGGAUUGGCAUCAGGGACUUGCGUGAAGGGGAGAAAAUAAAUAGAUAAAUUUGUGUACUUUCGGCCGCAUAGCUAGCUUCAUCCUCUUUCCUGCGCCUCCUGUCUUCGCUUUCUUCCUGUUGAGCAGCUCAUCUCAUCCUGCCAUGCUUGUUAGUUGAAUUCCUUCCAACUGACCCAGCCACACAUCAGCACUCUGUUGGCUGAGGGCUGAAGCCUGAUAAAUACAAUCUUAAUGCACUCCUCACA